AUGUGUAAUGCUGACUGGUUAUCGCAGUGUAGUGUCGCAGGUUCUGAAUGCCGAAUGCCCAAGUCAUUGAGAAUAUAUCUCAGCCAUGUUAACUCGCAACAUGCAUCUGCCAUGGCACGGUACUCCGCUUCUGCAGACGAACGUGCAAUGGUGUUUUGUUUCUUUGAUUUCCACGAGAUCAGAGAGUUUCCAAGGAAGGUACAGUAA